UUUUCAUUUCGUUUCUCAAAAUACUGAAUUGCCUCUUGGAUAACUGUAUUUAAAGCCUGUAGGGGACACCUAUCAUCUACAUUAUGGAGGAACAGACAGGGUCCAAUGGCAGCCCUCAGCACGGCCGAAACAGGCAAAACGUCAUCAGGUGUGGGUGGCUGAGAAAGCAAGGGGGCUUUGUGAAGACUUGGCACACACGUUGGUUUGUGCUCCGAGGAGACCAGCUCUACUAUUACAAAGAUGAGGAGGAGACAAAAGCUUUGGGAGCCAUUUUUCUACCCGGGAACAAAGUUACAGAGCAUCCGAGCAAUGGGGAAGAGGCAGGCCGAUUUCUCUUUGAGGUCAUCCCAGGGGGUGACAGGGAGCGGAUGACAGCUAACCAUGAAACGUACCUGCUUAUGGCCAGCACCCAGAAUGACAUGGAGGAUUGGGUGAAGACCAUUCGCAGGGUCAUAUGGGCACCUUUUGGAGGAGGAAUCUUUGGCCAGAAGUUAGAGGAGACGGUGCGCUAUGAGAGGAGGUUUGGGAAUAAAAUGGCUCCCAUGUUGGUGGAGCAGUGUGUGGACUUCAUCCGUCAGAGAGGUCUACGAGAGGAGGGGCUGUUCCGCCUGCCCGGUCAGGCCAACCUUGUGAAAGAGCUGCAAGACGCCUUUGACUGUGGGGAGAAACCAUCAUUUGAUUGCAAUACAGAUGUACACACAGUGGCAUCUCUACUGAAGCUCUAUCUGAGAGAGUUGCCCGAACCUGUCAUCCCCUUCUCUAAGUAUGAGGAUUUUCUUGCGUGUACCAAACUCCUCAGUAAGGAUGAAGACGCUGGAAUGAAGGAAUUAAGAAGACUAGUGGAAAGCCUACCUCCUGUGAACUAUAAUCUGCUCAAGUACAUAUGCAGAUUUCUCGAUGAAGUGCAAUCCUAUUCAGGAGUGAAUAAAAUGAGUGUACAGAAUCUUGCCACAGUGUUUGGGCCAAAUAUACUCAGGCCUAAGGUGGAGGACCCUGUGACAAUUAUGGAAGGUACUGUGUUGGUGCAGCAGUUAAUGGCUGUGUUGAUUGGGAAGCAUGAUGUGCUUUUCCCCCAAGAUGAAGACAGUCCCAUUGCCCUGGAGCUGUGCAACAACAACAACAACGAACCACAUAAGCGGCCUACAGCCGGCCAGCUACAGAACAAAGAGAACAACAACACCACAGUGGUCAGGCACUGUGUGUGGGAGGCCCCCGAAUCGCCCACCCACAUCCCAGUCGACAAUGGCUCGCCACACUCUGGGAGCCCCCGAAAUGGACUUACAGGCCGAUUCGAUGUCACCCGCAGUCCACCGCUAACUGUGAAGAAGAACCCAGCAUUCAGCAAAGGCAGCGGCAUCGUCACCAAUGGCUCCUUCAGUUCCUCCUCUUCCUCCUCUACUGAUGCCAACCACGAGAAAGGCCAGAUGAUGCCAGGCUCUGCAAACUUACAAAUCCGGCGCACAGGUACCCUGAAGUGCUCAGGAACCAAGAUGGGCACCAGCGGGGUCUCUAACGGACUGGUACGGAUGGGCAUCUCCAGCACAGAUGUGGUUAAUGGGACCAUUAAUGGACGUAAUGGGCUGUGGGUGCCCAACGGGGCCGUGACAAUGCGUGAGGGCAAGGCAAGGGAAGGUGAUCAGCAAAACCGACUUUCCACCUACGACAACGUCCAGCAGUUACAGCAGCAGCAGCCCAGUCUGAGCAGCAGCUGUGAGGACAAACAGAGUGUAGACAGCGCCACCUGGUCUACCUCCUCCUGUGAGAUCUCCUUACCAGACAACUCCACCUCCUGCCGCUCCUCUACCACCACCUGCCCUGAGCAGGACUUCUUCGGUGGUCACUAUGAGGAUCACAUUCUGGAUGGGCCCGGGCAAGAAGAUGGUGGGUUGGUUCCGGGAGACGCAGAAAGGAGGGCUGGAAAUGGAGGAGGGAGAGGAAGCCGGGCAACGAGUAGCAGUGACAACAGUGAGACAUUUGCGUUGAGUAAUGGGCCGACCAAUCACAGUGCACUGCACAGUCUGGUGGCCAGCCUUAAGCAGGAGAUGCUCAAACAGAAGAGUGAAUACGAGGCUAGAGUAAAGAGUUUGGAGCUUCGUAAUCUGGAGUUGGAGGCAGAGAUGGUGAAUCUUCAUGAGGAGCUGGACCAGGAGAGGAAGAAGUACACCAUGGUAGAGAUCAAACUCCGCAACGCUGAACGAGCCAAAGACGACGCUGAGAAGAGAAAUGAGAUGCUUCAGAAAGAGAUGGAGCAGUUUUUCUCCACCUUUGGAGAACUGACAGCAGACCCACGCCGGCCUGACCGGGCUAAUGCCAUCUGGAUCCAGUGAGAGGGUGAAGGACAAAUUUCAAGGACAAAGAAGGAGAGAAAAUGCCAUUUGAAUUAGAUGACAGGAGUGUUGAUAUUUGGAUUCAGUGUAUUCUUUAGCUAUUUUAUGUCCUUGGUAACUGAUCUUGGAUCAACUAUGAUUAUAUGGGUCUGCUUCCGAUUCUGAAUAUGCCUGCACCCCUUUCAAGGGCAGAUUUGUUCAGAAAUUAAAAUAUAUGUCAGAAUGCUGCCCACUGAGCCAAACAUCAAAC